AUGAACGGGACGGGCCGGGCGGACGGGAGCGCCGGGGAAGCGCUGCCGGCCGGGGCUCGCCCGCUGGUCAGCGCCCUCAUGUUCUCGGCCGGGCUCCUGGGGAACCUGCUGGCGCUGGCGCUGCUGCUGCGGGGCCGCCGCGGGGCUCGGCAGCGCCCGCCCGCGCUGUUCCACGUCCUGGUGCUGGCGCUGGUGGUCACCGACCUGCUGGGCACCUGCUCCGUCAGCCCCUUGGUGCUGGCCUCCUACCACCGAAACCUCACCCUGACCAGCCUGGCCCGCGGAGGGCACAUCUGCCUCUACUUCGGCUUCGCCAUGAGCUUCUUCGGCCUCGCCACCAUGCUCAUCCUCUUCACCAUGGCGCUGGAGCGCUGCCUGGCCCUGGGGCGCCCCUACUUCUACGAGCGCUUCCUGAGCCCCCGCACGGGCUUGGUGGCCCUGCCGGCCAUCUACACCUUCUCGGCCGCCCUGUGCUCGCUGCCGCUGCUGGGCUUCGGGCGCUACGUGCAGUACUGCCCCGGCACCUGGUGCUUCAUCCAGAUGCACCUGGAGCCGCACCGCAGGCUGGACGUGGCCUUCUCGCUGCUGUACGCCACGCUGCUGCUGCUGCUGAUCGUGGCCGUGCUGCUGUGCAACCUGAGCGUGAUGGCGAACCUGGCCCGCAUGCACCGCCGCGGGCAGAGGAGCCGCAGGGUGGCCGCCCCCGAGCAGCCCCGAGGGGCCGCGGGCUGCGGGCGGAGAAUGUUCUCCAUGGCCGAGGAGAUCGACCACCUGCUGCUGCUCUCCAUCAUGACCAUCACCUUCGUCAUCUGCUCCCUGCCCUUCACGAUCCGCGCCUACGUGAACAAGCUCAGCGAGGCACAGGGUGACCACGGCCUGGACCUGCUGGCCCUGCGUUUCCUGUCCAUCAACUCCAUCGUGGACCCCUGGGUGUUUGCCAUCCUGCGGCCGCCCGUGCUGCGCCUCAUGCGCUCCGUGCUCUGCUGCCAGCUCAGCCCCGCGGCCCCCGGCGGCCACGCCGUGGCCUCUGCUGUCACAAAGCUGCCAGCACGGCCACACCUCUGUGGGCAGUAG